CGGAAAGGACCGACUUCCGACUACCUCGAUAGCAUUGUGUGACGUCAUCAGCAUGCGACUGAAUCAAUGAAAGUGCGACGAACAACGGCGCUCCACGUGAAUUGGUGUGGAAAUGGCGGCGCGACAAGAGCUUGAGAUACAGUUGGCACAAAAGUUAGCGUCAAACGAAAAGCCUAUUCGAACUAAAGCUUUGAAAAAGUUGAAGAAGUACAUAUAUGUCAGAUCACAGAAAGCGACAGAUGGCUUUACUCGUGAAGAAAUGCUCAAGCUGUGGAAAGGUCUGUUCUACUGCUUGUGGAUGCAGGACAAACCACUCUUACAGGAGGAGCUUUCAAACUCUGUUUCCACACUGAUUCACACUUUUCAUGACGUUAAUGGACAACUAUUAUAUCUGGAGUGCUCCCUUAAGACCUUCAAAAGAGAGUGGAAUGGUAUCGACAGACUGCGAAUGGACAAGUAUUUUCAGCUAAUCCGCUUCAUGUUCAGACAAGGCUUUGAAAUGCUGAAGAGAAAAAACUGGGAUAGCAGUGUGGUUGCAAGAUUUCUAGAACUCUUUGCCACAGAGCUCCUGAACAGUGGCAAUGAUGCACCCGCUAGUCUGCAGCUUCAUAUCUUGGACAUUUUCUUGACAGAACUGGCAACUGUGGGUUCAUCAGAGCUCUCUGCUGAGCAGAACCUGAGAUUCAUAGAGCCAUUCUGCAAAACAGCAACCAAAACCAAAGAUUGGACACUUUGCCGAGCCAUCUGCAACAGCAUUUUCAGCACGAUUAUUGACCAGGCUCCCUAUGCCAUUGAAGAUCUGCUGAAGGAGCUGAAAGCAGAGUCCUCUGAUGCAGGUCGUGAAUUAUACGCUGAACAAGACAAUCAUGGAUCAGGAGACUCAGACACUGAGUUACCGUUUGAUGACGAUAAUGUACUACCAGUUCUACAGUUCGACUAUGCAGCUCUUGCUGACAAGUUGUUAGUGAUGUCAAGUCAAAGUCGUACACCCAGCCAGAAUAGACAGAAAAUCUACAAAAUCAUCAAACUGCUGCAGGAUCUCAGUGAAGGCAUAUUUCCUCAAGAUGGCUAUCCUGAGGAAGUCUCAACAGAUGAGGAUGAUGAAAUGUUUGGCAGCAGAAAUAAGAUGAAGCGUGGAAGGAAAAAAAACAAACUCAAGCAAAAUGAUGACUCUGGUAAAGAUGUGAAGACCACAGAUCUUAUUCACAAAGACAUCACAAAGCCAAGAAUAAAAAAAAGGAGGGGAUGUCAUGGGGAUGAUUUAAAUGCCGGAGUGUCAAAUAUGGAGGGCACCAACGUUCCAAAUCAAAGCAAGAGUCUGCUCAAUGAGUCUGAAGAUAAGGCAGCAAAACAGUCAUCUGUUUCUGCCUCAGAUAAAGCCAGCAAACUCAAUUCUGGCAUUACCAACAAAAACAAAUCAAAAAAGAAAACAAAGAGAACAUCAGGGGGUAAAGAAGAGUCAGUAAAUGAGACACAUACUCUGCAACGGUUUGCAUCACAAGUUAGGUGGAUGGUGGAUCCUGUUUCCUGUGAGAUCACAUUGAGUGAACCUGAGCUCCAGGUCUUAAACACUGCCAAGACAAAAGAGAGAAGUCUGAAGGGUCCGAAAGUCAAUUCAUUUGCAGCUUGUUCACAGCAAAUUCCGUUUGAUUCUCUCUCAUUACCUUGUGCUGAUUCUACUGAUGUUGACACAGCACUCAAACUUGAAGAUUUAGCUGAACUCACUGCCUUCCCUGAGUGCAAAAGGGGAAAAAAUGAAGCAGAGAAAGUAAUGAUUGCAAGUAAAAGUAAAACCAAUGAAAAUGAAUGUGCAUCAAACAGUCAAAUGGGAACUCUACUGAAGAAAAAUAAACGAAGCUCUGCACAGGUGAAAGACAUUAGCAGCACGGAAAAGAACACCAAAGAGGCAUACUAUUCCCCAAAGAAGCUAAAUAAGAAAAGAAAAAUACCUGUGGUGCUUGAGUUUGAGGCUGCUGAGCUUGAGUUUGCUACACCAACCAGUGACAUUGUAGACAGAGCACUGGGUGUCAAGAAGAUAAGAAGAAGCGGCAAAGUUCCAACACCACUCAUCUUCAGCACUGAAGCAAAUUGCAAAAACCCAGUCUUUGGCAAUGAGAUAAAUCAUACUCCCACAUCAGACAGCAAAAAGGUGACCUUCCAUCUCAAGAAUAAUAAAACUGCUGAUGGGACCGGCUCAUUUCUGAGAAACAAACUCUGUGCUCCCACUAAUUCAACGUAAUGGACGGGUCUGCGCAAUGUUCAGGGAACAAUGCUGCACCUUCAUCCAGAACGACACCGCCCCUGAUGGGAGCCUGACGAAGGUGAUUGCAAGCCUGCAAUCCCUCAAAACGAGGAUGAAAGAGCACAACAAGUGGAUGACUGCUUUUGGGAAGUAUAAAGCCCUUGUGUCCUCAAUUACUGAUAUACUCACCUUGAGUGGUUGUUGUUGUAUUCCAUGUCUCAGUCUUCUGUUUAAUCGUCUCAUCACUACAGCAAUAUCGCCCAUGGAAGACAAGAUGGCCGGGGUAUACCUAAUGUCUGAACGCCAGCAUGUUGAUGAUAACGAUGAUGAGGAUGAGAUUUUUGCACUUGGGUUCACAGACUUCUUCCCAGAUCUGGGUGUUUCCGAAUGAUAAUGUCACAACGUUUAUCCUUUCUUGGUGUAAAUUUAUUUGUGCUCAUACUUGUGAUCCUACGGCUGAAAAUAUUUUUGAAGUGGCUGCUUUUAGGUGAUAAGAUGGUCUCUGAGAACUUAUGAUAAACAGGAGGGAAUUGUUAGAAAAAUGUAUAUAUAUGUUAUCAUGCGUUCUCUAGUCGAUGCUUUACCGCAAUAUUACCGCAAUAUUAUUGCAAUAUAUGCUUGCUGUUUGGCCUUGCUGUUUUUAUGAUGUACCACAGAAGAGAGAGGUUACUGGGUCAGACAGGUCGCAGCUGACCACUCAGCAAAAUGAAGACCUCUACCAAGACAGUUCCUUUUCAACAAAGAAUGAUUGCUGAUCACUCAUGUUUCCUGAUUUCAUCACGGACACAAAGAAUGAUCGCUGAUCACUCAUGUUUCCUGAUUUCAUCACAGACACAAAGAAUGAACGCUGAUCACUCAUGUUUCCUGAAUUCAUCACAGACACAAAGAAUGGUUGCUGAUCACUCGUACUCUUUCUUACACUGUUCCAUAUCAGUAUGUAACACCUUGGGAUUUUUCUUCUUACGAGACAAAGACCACGUGCUUCCCUCCUCCCCUUUUAGAGGGCUUGUCUCAUUUUUGUGGGUAGGGCAAAUCCAAAUAAAAAGAGCAGGAGUGCAUACAGAUAAUUAGUGUAGUGAGAUUGUUGUAAGCGAUCUGUACUGCACUCCUCGCGAGAAAAGACUUGA